AAAAAAAAGAAAAGAAAAAAGAAGGAUGAUUCUUUUCUUCAACUUUUACGUUGGGUCCCAACCACUCGUCUCUCCGCAACCCAUAUCUCCAACUUCCCCAUGGCGAGAGCCUAUUUUUACAUAGGCUCCGCCACUGCCACUUCCACCCCGCUCUCCUCCUCCCCCUUCCGCCACCGUAAACUUCCAGCUCACAACCAUCGCUCUUCCCCUCCUCUCCGCUCCUCAACCAACACUACCACCCCGUUGACAAUGUCCAACCAACCUACCCCUCACCCCUCCCUGGAAGUUAUCGGUGGAGCUCGGGACUCAUUCCUCCCAGCAUUCACAAGCCUUCACACCCCUUAUCAUCCUUACCCUUUUAUCGCUUGGAAUAGACACGUGGAGACCAUCUUUGCCGCGUUUUUUCGUUCGCUCCCUGAUAUCAAAUUCCGGCGUGAGUGCCUCCGUACAAAGGACAACGGCACCGUUGCACUUGAUUGGGUCUCCGGUGACCGAACUCGCUUGUCUGCCGUUGCCCCCGUCCUCAUUUUGCUGCCAGGUUUGACAGGAGGGAGUCAGGACUCGUACGUGAGGCAUAUGUUGGUGAGAGCAAGGAGCAAAGGAUGGAGGGUUGUGGUGUUCAAUAGCAGAGGAUGUGGUAAUAGCCCUGUCACCACUCCUCAGUUCUAUUCAGCUUCAUUUCUCGGAGAUAUGUCAGAAGUAGUGGCACUUGUCAACAACCGGUAUCCGAAAGCCAAUGUCUAUGCUGUUGGAUGGUCUCUUGGCGCCAAUAUUCUUGUUCGUUAUUUGGGUCAGGAAUCUCGAUCCUGUGUUCUUUCUGGUGCUGUAUCAUUAUGCAAUCCUUUCAACUUGGUCAUUGCUGAUGAAGAUUUCCGUAAGGGCUUUAACAUUGUUUAUGACAAAUCUCUAGCAAAUGGUCUCUGCAAAAUUUUCACCGAGCAUGCUCCUUUGUUUGAAGAGAUGGAUGGUGAAUACAAUAUCUCAGCAGCUGCCAAUGCCAAAUCUGUCAGAGAAUUUGAUGAAGCUCUAACACGAGUGUCAUUUGGAUUCAAGUCAGUGGAUGACUAUUACUCGAAUUCAAGCAGUUCAGAUUCCAUAAAGAAUGUCUGCAUCCCUUUGCUCUGUAUUCAGGCUGCAAAUGAUCCAAUUGCUCCUUCUAGAGGAAUUCCUCGUGAAGAUAUUAAGGAAUUCACUAAUACUGAUCAUUGGGACAAAGGGAAAAGGUUGAAAAAUCUUUACGGUUUAGUUUUGAAAACCAGCAAACUUUGGUUAUUAUUGAAGAUAGGACCGUUUGCAUCUAUCUCACAUACUAGUUUUCAGUGUUUUCUUGUACUUUGUGGAACCAUCAAGUCCGGUGGAUAAGUAUGACGAGAAGUACCGAGAUAUUUUUAUGUUAUAGGGAGGGUCUUAUUGACUUUUGAAACAUACAAAUUGGAUAGCGACAAGGGUGCUGACUGUAACCCAUUUGAUUUGAUUCCUAUUCCAUUUCUCACUCCCUCCUCAGGGGAGUUUGUUGUUUCUUCUCAUGGAGUGCCGUAUGCUUUUCAUGGAUAAUGAUGCCUUUUAUCAUUCAUUAUAAGGGAAAAUAAUACUACUCCAUGUAAUGUGCCCAGACGGUGUUGUCAUUUUCCAACGGAUAACUUAGCUUGGGAGAACCAAUAAAUGAAAUAUAGACAGGCAUUUGCAUUUCCUUUGGUUCUUGGUUUUUUUUGUUAUGAAAAGCAUGCAUGGUGUUAUUAAAAAUCCUAUGAAAAGCAUGAUUGAUUGAGUUUGCUCUUCCU